UAGAUACUCCGGUAAGCCGGAGAGGGAGAAGAAAAAAAAAAGAGGAUUAUAUUAAUAUAUGGAUCACGAGAGUCAGAAGUCCGGCAGCGGCCGUAGCGAGCCGUCCGCACCGCCUUAUGAUCCCCAAACGUCCCCGCCGCCUGUGAAUCCUCACGGGUCGACGACUCAGCGUCGUCAGCAGUACUAUUCGACUCAAGAGCAACAUACUACGACCAACGUACACAUUGAAAUCACCAACCCGCCAGCUGUCACUACAGCUGAAGCUCCACCGCCGGUGAUCGCCGGCCACACUACCACUGCUGUGAUCAUAGUUGAAAGAUGGACUUGUUGUGGCAUGGGUUAUGGCUGGUUCCUGUUUGUAAUCGGAUGGAUAGUUUGUGGAAUUCCUUGGUUUGUUGGAUUCUUCAUUCUCGUAUUUGGACGGUACGAACGUCGUGAAAGGGCAGGGCUCCUAGCAUGCGCUACAUUUGCGGUUGUUGUUUCGGUUGUUGCGAUAUUACAAGCAAUUAAGGGAGAGCAUUGACGCUAAUCAUGAUCAAUCUCCAAUUAAAAUAAUAAUAUACUGUCCACACUCCAGACCCCUUGAAAUUACUUCUUACUAUGGUUUAUACAGAUGCUCACAGCAUUUUCUAUUGUUCCAUUACUUCUACAACGUGUAAUUUCACCAUUUUAUUGACACCAAUCCAAUAUAAUGACACCACCACAACAAAACUUCACUUAGCUAGUCAUAAAAAGAAUAAAACAAAAGCUAUAUAUAACUGUGUUGCAUAUUGGUGAGAAACAAAUAACAAAUUCAGACUUGAGUUGUAUGCUAAUUCUUUUCCCAUACAAAUAAUGGGCUGAACAAGUAAAAGAGGUUAGUUAGUGGACCGAUUUGGGUCCACGACGACCCAGAGUAGUCGACACUAUGGCCCAACCCAACAAAGUUGUCUUAUUUCCUUUGUUGCUUUCUUAGAUCUCCUCGCGAACGUGGAUCAAUUCUUACUUUGCAUAUAUAUUGACGGCAUGUUUUGAAUUCAGUUUGCAUAUAAAAUUAUAAAUGGACUGUAAUAUAUACAUUUGACAAACUACACUGCCUAUAACUUUGAUGAUAGUCAAUUUUAAAUUAUAUUUAUCAUCCAAAUUAUAAAGUAUAUCAGUUUUCAUGUACUUAUUAUUCAUAAUUUCAACAGUCAUCCAAUUAUGAAAUAUGUUCUUCACGUAGUUAAUUACAAAAACAAUACAUUUCAAGACCAACAGUAGAGACUGGUAGCAAUAACCAGAAGAUGAUACUCUGAUAAAAGUAAAACUACUCAAAGCUUCGUUGACAAAACUAUUUCCUUAUAGAGCUCAACGAUUCUCUUCAAUGCUGCAUGCAUCUCAAAAUUUCAAAUUCUCAUAAUCAAAAUUUUCAAUCAUGAAGGUAAACCUAAAAAUCUACACUAUAUAAAAUGCUCUGGAUUAGGGGUGUUAUUUUUUUAUUUAUAUAUAUUUUAUUAUUAAUUGCAAAUGUAAUUAGUUUUGUAUUCCAUAACACCAAUUGGGAUACUAAAAUAUUUUGGGAUUGAAAUACUAAAUUUACUUUGAGAUUGAGAUUGGAAUUGAUUUAGGGUGUAAUUAAAAAUUCGAGAUUUUGAUAUUUGAUGCUGGAUACAGAUAUCAUACCGACUUCCAUCCCUGAUAAUAUCAGCAAACAAGUAGUUCAUCCCAAUAACUCUGUAGUUGUUAGGAUAAGUCCAACAUUGAAAUUUACACAACCAAUAACCCGUUACUUCCCACAUUUUACCAUUAUGUAUUAUGAAAAUAUAAGAGUCUAAUUUUU